AUGCCCUCCCUGCGAAUUGGCCCGAGAGGAGAAGCCUCCGUUCCCUCGAGCAUCCGUGGUCGCAACUUGGGCGUCAUCAUAGGCUGCGUGAUUGGCAUUGCAAUUCUCAUCUUCAUUGCGAGACGCCUGUUUGGCCACGCCAAACGCAGCAGACGAGGGGAGAGCAUGCUAGGCUCGCGACACAAUGAGCGCCCCCGGUACCCCGACUCGGCACAGUUCAUGCGGUUCUGCGCCCGACGGGCCCAGCACAUGCAGCGGGCGCAGAAAAAGGAGCACCUGCUCAGCACCGAGGAGUUGAACGCCGUGGCUCCCCUGACUACGUUGGGACAAGCAUCCGCUCCCGCCGCAGAGACCAUUCGAACCUCAGACCUGGGCCAGAUCCGUCGUCCACCGGCCGCCGCCCUCCCUCUUGGCUCGAGACUGGACGUCAAACCAUCGAUACGGCCCAAGGUCUCGCCCGUCUUUUCACUGGAGCCGAUAGACGAGAAGAAGGAAAUGGCAGGACGUGUCACAGUCGAGGAGAUCCACGACCCCUCAGAGCAGCCGCGGCCCUCGAGUUCGGACGCCUUUCUGUGUUCCGUGUGCCUUGGAGAAGCGCAGAGUGAGGACGCCAUCCGCAUCACGCCAUGCUUCCACGGCUUUCACGAUGACUGUCUCGCAGAGUGGCUCACGUCGUACCAGAAUCGCUGUCCGUUGUGCCAAAGGUGUCUGAAGCCAGGGGGGACGGAGUCAAUUUGA